AUGUCAUCUUCCAUCGCAGUUAAAUCAUCACCCAUCCCGCCGGGAAUCUACUGCCCGGUGAUCUCUCUGUAUAAGCCGACACUCCGACAAGAUGUUGAUUACAAUGCCUCCUACAAGUUCUUUUCGUAUCUGAUUCGCGGUGGUGUCGAUGGGCUUGUUCUUGCAGGAACUACUGCAGAAGCUGUUUUGUUGUCUGCCGAAGAGCGAAAGGAAUUGGUAAAAGUUGCCAGGAAAGCAGCUGUUGACCUUGGCCGCCCACAAUUUCCUAUUGUUGCUGGAAUCAGCGGACAAUCAACCAAUGAAUCAAUUAGACUGGCAGAAGAUGCCUUGGCUGCGGGCGCAAGCUUUGGCCUGUUGCUACCACCAAGUUAUUGGGCCAAGGCUGUUACCAAGGAUGCUAUCUUGGGAUUCUACCGAGACGUCGCUGAUUCCACUCCACUACCUAUCGUUAUCUACAGUUUCCCCGCUAUGUGCAAUGGCAUCGACAUGAACUCCGACACAAUGUCCGAGCUAGCAAAACAUCCUAAUAUAGUUGGAGUCAAGUUAACUUGCGGCAAUGCUGGAAAAGUGACCCGACUCACCGAGGAGUAUACCCAUAAACAAUUCGCAGUCUAUGCUGGGUCCUCCGACUGGCUUAUUCCCUGUCUUGCUGGCGGUGGUGGAGGUUGCGUUACUGGAAUUGCCAAUGUAUUUCCCAAAUGUGUCGUACAGCUUUAUGAGCUGUGGAAUCAAGGAAAAACCAAAGAGGCUAGGGAAUUACAGGGUCUAGUAGCUCAGGCAGAGAAAGCCUGUAAGGAAGGUAUAGCACCCACCAAGUUUGGUGCUGCUCAUUUUUCUGGUCCCGCUGCUGGUGUCACCGAUGCAAAGGCCUUCUGGCCUCGCAAGCCUUAUGCGCCAUGUGGACAGGAAAAGUCAACUUGGGUAGUCAGCGUCAUGCAACAUCUGGAGAAGCUAGAGCAGAGCUUACCUGACGCAGUUUAG